AUGUCCCAUCCAAGCUCUUCGCAAUUCGUGCCUCCUCAAUCUGCACAGCCAUAUAGAUCCAUAUUUGGGGGUUCGAGCAGUCAGAAUGUGCCCGACUCGGAACCGCCGCACGUCUUCGAGGACGGCAACCACGAAGAGAAUGAGCUUGACGUUCUCAUGGGAGAUCAGCCGCUGGUGCCAAAUGGCUCCGAUGAUGACGACACCUACGAAGAAAGCAAUGCAGAAGAGUCCGGAUCCGAGGACAGCAUAAGUACCAGGAGCACUCGGAGGACGUCGCGAAGGAGAAAGAGCACAUCAGCUACGACGACUACGAAUCAAAGAAUCAUAGAGAGUCCGUCGCCAUCGCCGCCUUCAUAUCGCCCCAAUCGCUUCCAUGGCCCAGAACCUACAUGGAGAAAACUCACGCUGGAAGACCGACAGAACGCCGAAGCGCUGGAAGAUCUCAGAGCCAAGGAUCUGGCGGCGCAUCUGUACAACGCGUAUGCUCUUCGAGCGCGGGCCCGCGAGAUAGCAAAGCGCGCUGCGGAAAGGGACGUGGGAGUUGCUGACGCGGAACCUUUUCUUCCGCCAAAGCGAUGGGCCGCGUGGCCUGUGCCUGCGAACGAGGUUCCCCGAGGCGACGAGUAUCGCCGAGAUGAUGAGACGUGGACGCUUAAAAUGCCGGCAGAUCCUCGCCCGAGCGCAGACCUGGAAGAGUCGAUCAUGGCCCUAAUGCUCCGACAUGCGAAAGAGCGAUUCAAUGCUCGACCAUGGCGUUCUACGCGGCCCACUUCCCCGAAUCCGUUUGACCCAGCCUCGCAAGCUGAAACUCAGGAUGAUAGUGCCGCCACUGAGGAUGCUGUGAAGAUUGAAUCUGGUUUUAUGGAUGCGUCGAUUCCACUGCGUCCCGUCGUCCAAGCCGAUGACGAUCAAUCCCGAAAGCAACUCCGACCCAUUACCCGGAACAUCAUUACAGAAUUCGAUCGUCUUCUUCUAGGCCUGCAUCACGCGCGCAAAAAUGUGACGGCCGGCGAUGAUAGCUCUGCGAGUGAAUGGCAAACCGACACAGAAAGCAUCACCUCGGGCUCGUCAGUGUCAGUGAGACGGCAGAGGAGAUCACAGAAUGGGACCUCUAGGAGCCAGUCUCGCGGAAGGAAACGCACUCGCAGGUCCUCUCGCGGGAGCUCGACGGGUCCGCGAUCCCGAAGUGCGCACAGCUCCCGACGAGCCUCUUCCGCUAGCCAGAGCACCUACCAGCCGUCCCGGUCGUCGCGGUCGAGAGGUCGUUCAGCGGGCAGCGACCGUCGACAGCCGGCUACACGCAAACUUCGUAUGGGCCUUCGCGACUGGAGCGAGAUACUAGGAGUCGCGUCGAUGGUUGGCUGGCCGCCUGCUGUGGUGAUGCGUACGGCUCAACGGUGUGGCGCUCUAUUCAGAGAGGAUAUGGCAUAUCGGACGUUCAAGGAAGGGAAGCUACAACAGACAGAAGACGGGGACCCAGCUGCUUGGGAGUACGCCGAAAGUGAUACUGGAUUGUCGGAGGCUUCGGUGGAACCGCUACCGCUACCACCACAACGCAAACGCUCACGUUCUCGCGCAGCCUCUCCGAGGGAGGAAUCUACUUCCCGGCCUGUUAGCACGGAGCCUGAGAGCGUGGCAAACAAACGGCCUAGGGGAAGGCCCAAAGGAAAGGGCGGACGGCCUAAGAGGGAGAACGAGAACGACCGGCCUAAGGGGAAGGGCGAACAUCGCAAGCAGGACUUGGUAUGCCCUGUUCGGUCCUGUUCUCGUCAUAUGAAUGGCUUCUCACGGACCUGGAAUCUCAAUAUCCAUUUAAAACGCAUGCAUCCUGGAUAUGCAGCACGAGAUGGAGCCAAGUCCCCGGCUGUGGUAGUUGAGGAUGACACGGAUGAUGAUUGA